CGAGCAACGCGACUUGAAACAUGAAACGAGAUCACUUUGUGCAGUGCUCGAUGUGAAGCAUGACGUGCGACAAUCGCGAAAUUAAACAAAGCGUGACUCAGAUGACUCAGUAAUCGACAAUUUUUCUGUAAAUCACAAUACCAAGUGCAAUUCCUUGCUGCAAUACAACAUAAACAUACAAAUUUAAAGGUUAAGUAACAUUAAAACAUAAAACUACACAAAAUGGAGUUGAUGGAAGCGAAAAUCGUCGCGAUAAUCACGCUGACAAUGGGCAGUCUACUCGUGGGUUUACUCCCAGCAUGGUUCUCCACCUACGGACGCAAUCGCCAUCCGUUAUUCCUCUCUGGUUUGCUCUGCUUUGGAGGCGGAGUCUUGCUCAGCACGAGUAUUGUACACAUGUUACCAGAAAUCCGUGAAAAUCUCCCGAAGUACAAAGAAUACGCUGAGAUUCUCUUCGCUUGUGGCUUCUUCACGUUGUACAUCAUCGAUGAACUCGUGCAUUUGAUCUUCCCGGACGCUGGGCAUGGUCAUGACCAUUCCCAUGGACACGGACGGUCAAUAAGUGAACCUUCGACAUCUGUGGCUCCAAGUCGUACUACUUCUCAGCACAGGUUGUAUGAUUCGACUGUGACGGAAGCGCGGCCAUUGUUGUAUCCGCAACUGCCAUACAAUCCGAGUUUUGUGCGGUAUUCGGAUGAUCCGGCAUCGCAGAUUUGUCAUAUCGGACAUGUAGAACCCUGUAAUAGCCGCCCGGUUGGUUCGUUGGGGUUGUUGUUUGCUUUGUCUGUACAUGCAGUAUUGGAAGGCUUGGCUGUGGGGUUAGAAACAUCCGCUACACAGGUUUUGUUGUUGUUCGGCGCGAUAGCUUCACACAAACUCGUGGUUGGUUUCUGCCUGGGUGUGGAAUUAGCAGCGGAGAACACCGUACUCAAACACUUCGUCUCGAUUUUGAUCUUUUCGAUGGGUUCCCCGCUGGGGAUCGGACUUGGAAUGAUUUUUAGCAACAUUCCCAAAGAUAUUGAAACAUACUUGUUGCCUAUCUUACAGGGACUGGCAGGUGGUACACUUUUCUAUGUGAGUGUAUCUGAAGUAUUACCGCGUGAGAGAGCGCGUUGGCACAAUCCAAACGCCAAGCGAUACGCUGGAUUCUUUCAAUUCGUCUGCGUCGCAGUUGGUUUUAUCAUAAUGACAGCAUUAACUAAAUAUAUGGACCAUUAGACAUAACCUUAGAAUUGUACAAGUGAUAUUAAACUUAAGAAAUAAACGAAAAUGACUACAACGUAA